AUAUCUUUCAAAACGAUCGGAAUUUCAUACCAUUUCAGUAUUAUUCAUCGAAUCGAUUGUCGACGAUACCUUUUUUUUUCGAAUUUAUUCGUGUCUCCUCUUCGUCCGGUCAAAUGUAUGACAAUUAUAUUGUCAUCGUAUACAUGCGUACGUACGUGGUACCUACAGUGUAUUUUAACUUUUUAUCCGUGCUAUUUUCUUACUCUUCUUUUUAUUAAAAUCCCAUUAAAAAUAUAUUACGCUGUCAUCGUUUAAAAAAAUUAUUCCGAACAAUCGUGAAACCCUAUUAUUUCGUAUAUUUCGUUCGUCCUUCGUGUCGUCGGUGGUACACCGUCUCCUCUUAAUACCGAUAUCGUGGACGUUAUAGGUUAUCCUCGUGUAAUUAUAUUCAAAUGUUUCGCGUAUGUGUUACAGUAUCGAGUAAAACUUUAAUUGAAAACAAAAUUAUCAUCAACGAUUCAUAAUGAACGAUAUGGAUUCUACGGAAGAUUGGAGUGGCGAUUGUCAACAACCGUUAGAAAAUGAAACGCACGAAAAUGAGAGGCAAGAAAUUAACAAUGAACAAAUUAUACCUGGGUACGCAAAUUUUGACAACUAUGUUCAGGAAUCGUUUGACGCGAUAAGAGCUGGUAUUAAAGUAUCCAAUAGUUUACCGGUUGGAUCGGAUUUUCGUUAUUAUUCCUGUUUUCCUAGUUUUCUCGAUGCGAAAGAUCGAAACAUAAAACUGGUAUUAAACGUUAUGCAACGUGUUCUGGCUACAGUAGGUAUUAAAAACAACAUUUCGAAUCGAGGUGUCGAUGAAAAAUUUGAUCUUUUGCUAGAAACGAACGAUAUUUUUUUGGACAGAGCUAACGAAUUGAUGGACAAAGAAUGCGGCGUUAUGAGAAAUUCUGAAGUAGAAUUGGUAGUGACGCGGGCGAACAAGCAGAUAGUGAAUGGAAGUUGGAACAAUCAAAUCUGUCGAGCGCCGCAACAAACGGAUAGUACUCAAUCAGUGCGCUUGUUGGCAGGCAGAAAUGUUCAAAGACCUCAGUUAAUGUUUAAAGAUAAAAUUGACAACAGUUCGAAACCGUGGAGUCCCAAGAUCAAAGACAAACCAAAUUCGUUAAAACCAUUGGCUAUUUACACGGAAGAAAGUGAAAAUGGUGAAGUGUAUAGUCAUCCUUAUGAAUUUGAAUUGGAUAUGUUUUCGCCACGCAUGGAUCAGUUAAAAAAAUGUGAACCAAAGAAAUAUAAGUCUUUGGAAGACACGCCUUUAAUAAUAAUCGAAAAUCCAGUCGAUAUUAAAUUAUUGCUAGAAGAUUUGAAACGGUAUAAGGAAAUUGCCGUAGACUUGGAACAUCAUUCUUACCGCAGCUUUCAAGGAAUAACUUGCUUGAUGCAAAUUUCAACGGGAGAUGCGGAUUAUUUGAUAGAUACAUUAUCGUUACGAUCCGAACUACACGAAUUAAAUGAGAUUUUCACUAAGCCAACGAUUUUAAAAGUUUUUCACGGAGCUGAUUUAGACAUUCAAUGGCUCCAAAGAGACUUGUCUCUCUAUAUAGUAAAUAUGUUUGAUACGCAUCAAGCGGCGAAACAACUUAAUCUGCCGUAUUUAAGUCUAGCAUAUUUAUUAAAGCACUACUGUAACAUAGAUCCGAACAAACACUUUCAAUUGGCUGAUUGGCGAAUAAGACCGUUACCGGAGGAACUACAGAAAUAUGCUAGGGAAGACACGCAUUAUUUAUUGUAUAUAAAAGACAUUUUAAGAAAUGCUUUAAUCGACGCGGCUAACGGACAAAUCAAUAUUCUGAAAUCUGUUUAUGAUCGGAGUACGGACAUUUGUAAAAAGACUUAUGUAAAACCAAUAUGGACAGAGGAAAGCUGUAUGAGUAUAUACCGAAAGAGUCAAAAAAUGUUUAAUAAUAAACAACUUUAUGCUUUGAUAGAACUACAUAAAUGGAGAGAUGUUACAGCGAGAGAAGAAGACGACAGCACAGCUUACGUUUUGCCAAAUCAUAUGCUAUUGAAUAUAGCUGAAACAUUACCUCGUGAAAUGCAAGGCAUUUUGGCAUGUUGUAAUCCUAUUCCACCUUUGGUGAGGCAAAAUUUAUUAAAACUGCACAAGAUAAUAUUAAAAGCUAGAGAACAACCACUUAUCAAACCAGUUCUCGAUGACCUUAGGCAAAGAUUGGGUCAAAGAAAUCAAAUUGCAAAUUCAGAAGCGUGGAUGUAUUCUCCACACGAUAUCCCGCACGAUAUGGAAGCCAGAGCUGAUUUACCGUGUCUAUUGGAUAACGUUAACGUUCUAGAAGAAGCACUUUCAAACGUCACAGUCAAGCAUACAGUGACUGUAUUCGACAGUCCAAUCACAUCCGAGGAUGAGGAAACGUCGAAGAAUAAUCAGGAAGUUAAUAGAAAGAGAAAGUUUAUUUUUGUAAGUCCAUUUGAACGAUAUAAACGCGUGAUACCAAUGAUAGCGGAAGAAGAAGCACGCGAAAGGGAGAAACAGAAACAAGAAGAAGAAGAUCAUUUAGAUAAAUUGAAGAAGGUUGACGAAGAAAUAGAAGAGAGUAAACAACGAGUUUAUGAACAUUUUAAACAGGUUUCUCAAGUUCCGAAACAGCAAACGGUGGCUACACCGUCGACAAAGAAAACUCCUUUAAGUAAAAUGCGUGGAUGUAAAAGAAAAAGAAGUUCAAAUAUUAAUGAAGAAAAAGUAACGGAAGAAGAAAAAUCUACCGACAACUUGAUAACUCCGAUUCCAUCGUUAGAAACGAAAAUUAUUCAAGACACGAACAAAAAGUCGUACGACACGGAACAUUUGGAUAAAGAGGCAAAAAUAGAAGAAAGUGUCGCGAGAAUUCAGAACGAUACUUCAGACAAUGUUACUAAUUCAAUACGGUCGCGAAAGAAAGGGGAAAAGAAACGCAUAAUCAACGAUUUAAACAAGCAAAAUAUGUUGCCGUCAAAAAAAUUCGAUUAUAAAGCAGUAGACUUUAGUAGCUUUCAAGGAGGUAGUAAAAAUAUACCUGGUCAAGAAAAGCAAGUAAAUUUCGAACAAAGAAUGCAGAAAAAAGAGAAAAGGCGAAAAAGGAAGAAGCAAAAGUUGAACAUAUAAGCGUUAAUAAAUUUUCAGUUUUAUACUGUCUAUGUAAAAAAUAUACCGAAUAUUUUAUACCGAAAAGAAUGAGUAUAACAGAUUUUAUAGUAAUCGUAUGAUUAAAUAGAGAUAUUAUAUAAUUUUAUAUUAUGUAUAUAAAAGUAGCACAUAAAAAAUGUUAUUUGAAUAUUAAUACUUCGAUACUAUUAAUAAUAAUUUUGAUACUUGAUUAUCAAUAUUUAAUAGCUUUCUUUUUUUUUUUCUUCAAUACGUUCGUAUAUAUUAGUUGUGUUAUUGGUAUCAUGAAUUGCUAAUUAUUAAAAAUUUUUAUCAAAUAUUUACAAAUAAUAGAAUAUUUUCGUUAUAAACUCUCCUCGAGUUAUACAAGUAACUGUAAAUGUAUAAACUUAAUAAAGUAUAAUAAAUUA